AUGAAGGCUUUCCUUUCGUUAAUCGCUACGCUAGCGCUGUCCUACCAUGCCGAAGGUCGUGGAAUGAAGCCUCGCCUGGCUUUGGCAGCGACCUCUACACCGCCCUCAUCUGCUGUCAUCAGUGUCACAUGUAAUGGCAAGUCUGCAUACAACUAUGGCCAGGCGAUUUCGGUCAAUGCUUCCUGCACCACGCAAACUUUCUACAUCAACACCAAAUCGUCGUCCUGCACAACCCUGCUCGACCUCUACAACUCCUCGGUUCUCAACCUCUUGCACUGUCCUUUCCCUGAAUUCAACGUCAUCAACGACCCCGUGUUCAACUUCUUCCUCGACGACUUCAUGCUCGACUUCUUCAUCGACGACUCCAUGCACGACGUCUUCUUUAUCAAGCACUUCCUGCUCCAGCUCUUCCUCGUCGAGCACCCCUUGCACAACUUCUUCUUCUUCAUCGAGCACUCCUUGCUCAACUUCUUCUACCUCGUCAAGCACUAG